UCUCUCCUUGCUUUCCCUGAGGGGUUGGAAUUCAGACCUAGCCUGAAGCAAGGUUGGGGGUGGGGGAAUUGGGAAACCUGCUGGGGCCUCAGGCAGGUGAGUGCAACACUCUGCUCUGCUCCAAAAAUACUCUGUGAUCUUAGCUCUUUCUCUAGAAAACAGUGAUGUCACCAGUAGCCAAUCAGCUUCUAGAAGAGCUUGCCUCCUCCUCCUUCCGCAACUUAGGGAGGAGAGGGAAAGGGGGAUGGGAGGGAGAGAAGGAGAGACACAGAGAUGAACAGACAGCAUGUAGGCAGACAUGGAGAGAAAUGCAAACACAGAAACGUAAGCACACAGAGGUCCCUCCACACAGGCAUGCUGGCAAAACCCCUUCUCGGUGCAUAGGCAAGGGAAAUCCACAUAUUUCCCCCAGUGCACACACACAGACACACAUACUGAUAGAGACAAGAAAACUGAGAAAGACUGACAAGUGGAAGCAUUCACAUAGAGUGAGAGCUAAAGAGGAAAAGACAGAGACAGAGACUGGAAGAGAGACAGAGUGGCGCAGAGAGACAUGGAAAAGGAGUAGGAGAGCGACUUCUGUCUCAGAGCCAGAGAGACACAGGAGGAAUCAGAGAGACAGACACGUAGAAGGAGCCAGAGAUGCAGGGGCAUGAAGGAAAAGAGAGAGAUGAGAGAAGGAGAUGGGCGGGAGCACACAGGGGUCCGAGAUGCAGUCAGAGUCAGAUGCAGAGGCACCACAACAGAUAGGCAGACAGACAGGGAUAGAAGGACAGGCAGGUGCUAUUCUUCCGGGCAUAUUUUCUGUGGUGGGAGGACCCUUCAGCUCUUGGCUUUGCGCCUCUAGUAGAGCAGCUGCUGUCCUUGGUGCUGCCUGGAGGGGCCCAGCAGGGACUGGGAAGGGAGCUGCCCACGGCCUACGAGAGGAGCCCGAGUUUGUGACCGCAAGAGCCGGUGAGAGUGUGGUCCUGCGAUGCGACGUGAUUCAUCCGGUGACGGGACAGCCCCCGCCCUAUGUCGUGGAGUGGUUCAAGUUUGGGGUGCCCAUCCCUAUCUUCAUCAAGUUUGGCUACUAUCCACCUCAUGUGGACCCUGAGUAUGCAGGCCGGGCAAGCCUUCAUGAUAAAGCAUCCUUACGGCUGGAACAGGUCCGCUCUGAGGACCAGGGCUGGUACGAGUGCAAAGUGCUCAUGCUGGACCAGCAGUAUGACACCUUUCACAACGGCAGCUGGGUCCAUCUCACCAUCAACGCUCCUCCCACCUUUACAGAAACACCCCCCCAAUACAUUGAGGCCAAGGAAGGUGGCAGUGUUACCAUGACCUGCACAGCUUUUGGAAACCCCAAGCCCAUUGUCACCUGGCUUAAGGAGGGGACACUCCUAGGUGCUAGUGGGAAAUACCAGGUGAGUGAUGGCAGCCUGACAGUGACAUCGGUCAGUAGGGAGGACAGAGGUGCCUACACCUGUCGUGCAUACAGCAUCCAGGGAGAGGCUGUCCAUACCACUCAUCUGCUUGUCCAAGGGCCUCCCUUCAUAGUUUCCCCUCCUGAGAACAUCACUGUCAACAUAUCCCAGGAUGCUCUGCUCACCUGCCGGGCAGAGGCAUAUCCCGGCAACCUCACCUACACCUGGUAUUGGCAGGAUGAAAACGUCUACUUCCAGAACGACCUGAAGUUGAGAGUGCGGAUCUUGAUUGAUGGGACCCUGAUCAUCUUCCGAGUGAAGCCUGAGGAUGCGGGGAAGUACACCUGCGUCCCUAGCAACAGCCUGGGGCGCUCCCCCUCUGCCUCAGCAUACUUAACUGUGCAGUACCCAGCCCGUGUCCUCAACAUGCCCCCUGUCAUCUACGUGCCCGUGGGAAUUCACGGCUAUAUCCGAUGCCCUGUGGAUGCAGAGCCGCCGGCCACCGUGGUCAAGUGGAACAAGGAUGGCCGCCCCCUGCAGGUUGAGAAGAACCUGGGUUGGACCUUGAUGGAGGAUGGCUCCAUUCGGAUUGAGGAGGCCACAGAGGAGGCUCUUGGCACUUACACCUGUGUGCCUUACAACACCUUGGGGACCAUGGGCCAGUCUGCUCCCGCACGGCUUGUCCUGAAGGAUCCCCCGUAUUUUACGGUGCUACCAGGCUGGGAAUAUAGGCAGGAGGCUGGCCGGGAGCUGCUCAUUCCCUGCGCUGCUGCAGGGGACCCUUUCCCUGUCAUCACGUGGAGAAAGGUAGGGAAGCCCAGCAGAAGCAAGCACAAUGCCCUGCCCAGCGGGAGUCUCCAGUUCCGAGCCCUGAGUAAGGAGGACCACGGGGAGUGGGAGUGCAUCGCCACCAACGUGGUCACCAGCAUCACUGCCAGUACCCACCUGACCGUCAUCGGCACCAGCCCCCAUGCCCCGGGCAGUGUCCGGGUCCAGGUCUCCAUGACAACUGCCAACGUGUCCUGGGAGCCAGGCUAUGAUGGAGGAUUCGAGCAGACAUUCUCAGUUUGGUACGGACCUCUGAUGAAGCGGGCACAGUUUGGGCCCCAUGACUGGCUGUCUUUGCCAGUGCCGCCGGGACCCAACUGGUUGCUAGUGGACACCCUGGAGCCUGAGACAGCAUACCAGUUCAGCGUCCUGGCCCAGAACAAGCUGGGAACGAGCGCCUUCAGUGAGGUGGUCACUGUGAACACUUUAGCAUUCCCUAUCACAACUCCAGAACCCCUGGUGCUGGUUACCCCACCAAGGUGCCUCACAGCCAAUCGGACCCAGCAGGGUGUGCUCCUGUCUUGGCUCCCCCCUGCCAAUCACAGCUUUCCCAUUGACCGCUACAUCAUGGAAUACCGUGUCGGGGAACACUGGGAGACGUUAGAUGGUGCCAUCCCAGGCACUGAUGGAGAGUUCUUUGCCAAGGAUCUGUCACAGGACACCUGGUACGAAUUCCGGGUUCUGGCCGUCAUGCAGGAUCUGAUCAGCGAACCCAGUAACAUCGCCGGCAUCUCCAGCACAGACAUCUUCCCACAGCCGGACCUGACCGAUGACGGGCUAGCUCGGCCUGUGUUGGCUGGAAUCGUAGCUACCAUCUGCUUCUUGGCAGCUGCCAUCCUGUUCAGCACCCUGGCCGCCUGCUUUGUCAACAAGCAGCGCAAGCGUAAGCUCAAGCGCAAAAAAGAUCCUCCACUCUCCAUUACUCACUGCAGAAAGAGCCUGGAGUCUCCCUUGUCCUCUGGCAAGGUGAGCCCCGAGAGCAUCCGCACACUCCGGGCCCCGUCGGAGUCCUCCGAUGACCAAGGCCAGCCGGCAGCCAAGAGGAUGCUGAGUCCCACCCGGGAGAAGGAGCUGUCGUUGUACAAGAAGACCAAGAGGGCCAUCAGUAGCAAGAAGUACAGUGUGGCCAAGGCCGAGGCCGAGGCUGAGGCCACAACGCCCAUCGAGCUCAUCAGCAGAGGCCCCGAUGGCCGCUUCGUGAUGGAUCCGUCCGAGAUGGAGCCCUCGAUGAAGAGCAGGCGCAUCGAGGGCUUCCCCUUUGCCGAGGAGACGGACAUGUACCCCGAGUUCCGCCAGUCGGAUGAGGAGAACGAGGACCCGCUGGUGCCCACAUCUGUGGCUGCCCUGAAGUCCCAGCUGACCCCUCUGUCGUCCAGCCAGGAGUCCUACCUGCCACCACCAGCAUAUAGCCCUCGGUUCCAGCCCCGUGGGUUGGAGGGCCCCAGCGGCCUGGAAGGUCGGCUCCAGGCCACAGGCCAGGCCAGACCCCCCGCCCCCCGGCCCUUCCACCAUGCCCAGUAUUAUGGGUACCUCAGCAGCAGCAGCCCUGGGGAGGUGGAGCCGCCGCCCUUCUACAUGCCAGAAGUGGGCAGCCCCUUGAGCUCGGUCAUGUCCUCCCCACCCCUGCACACUGAGGGGCCUUUCGGCCACCCCACCAUUCCUGAGGAAAACGGAGAGAAUGCUUCCAACAGCACGCUGCCCUUGACUCAGACACCCACAGGAGGGCGCUCCCCUGAGCCCUGGGGCCGGCCAGAAUUCCCCUUUGGGGGCCUGGAAACCCCGGCCAUGAUGUUUCCCCACCAGCUGCACCCCUGUGAUGUAGCCGAGAGUCUGCAGCCCAAGGCCUGCCUCCCCCGAGGACUGCCCCCCACCUCCCUGCAGGUGCCCGCGGCCUACCCAGGCAUCCUGUCUCUGGAGGCGCCAAAGGGUUGGGCAGGCAAAUCGCCGGGCAGAGGCCCCGUCCCAGUGCCCACCUCCGCUAAGUGGCAGGACAGACCUAUGCAACCUCUGGUGAGCCAAGGGCAGCUAAGACAUACCAGCCAAGGUAUGGGCAUCCCCGUGUUGCCUUACCCCGAGCCAGCCGAGCCCGGGGGGCACAGCGGCCCCAGCACAUUUGGCCUGGACACCCGGUGGUACGAGCCCCAGCCCCGGCCCCGGCCCAGCCCCCGGCAGGCCAGGCGCGCCGAGCCCAGUUUACAUCAAGUGGUGCUACAGCCCUCCCGGCUCUCGCCUCUGACCCAAAGCCCCCUCAGCUCCCGCACCGGCUCCCCUGAGCUUGCCGCCCGGGCCCGGCCUCGCCCGGGCCUCCUGCAGCAGGCAGAGAUGUCGGAGAUCACCCUGCAGCCGCCGGCCGCUGUCAGCUUCUCUCGCAAAUCCACGCCAUCCACGGGCUCCCCUUCCCAGAGCAGCCGCAGCGGGAGCCCCAGCUACCGGCCCACCAUGGGCUUCACCACGCUGGCCACAGGCUACCCUUCCCCUCCGCCAGGCCCUGCAGGGCCUGCGGACAACCUGGAUGUGUUUGGACAGACGCCUUCCCCUCGAAGGAUGGGGGAGGAACUGCUCAGACCAGAGCCCCCCCCACCGCCAUUACCUACUUCAGGAACACAUCCACCUGCACCCGGGAAUGCUGCUGCACCUGAGAGGCUGGAGGCUCUGAAAUACCAACGGAUAAAGAAGCCCAAAAAGUCAUCCAAGGGCUCUUCGAAGUCAAAGAAACGAUCCGACGGUUCUGCCUCCCAGGCUCAGCAGCUUCCAGAUUCCCAGGUUCUGUGGCCCGAUGAAGCCGUCUGCCUCCGAAAGAAGAAGAGACAUUCCCGGCCUGACCCCUUCGCCCGCCUCUCAGACCUGUGCCACCGCCAGCUUCCGGAAGACCAGACGGCGAUUCUUAACAGCGUGGAUCAUGAUGACCCUGGCCACGCCACCUUGCUGUGACGCGACACAACUCUAAGUUGUCCUAGGGUGGUCCCGCCGGGCUGAGGGGCGGGGGAGGGAGGAUGACGGUGUGCCAGCUGAGGGAUAGUCUGGGGGGCUGCUCCGACCUUCGUUCUGCUCGUUCUCUCUCCAGCGAGAGCGCAGCCUCCUCCAAAUCCUGGCCAGCUGGUCUCACUUUGGGGACAGCGGGCCAGGGGCAGACCUGUAGGUAGAGAUCAGGAAGUGAACUGGGGACAGCCUCUCCCCUCUUCACUGGCUUGAUUUUUCUCACCUCUUCAAAUACCUUUGGAAGUGAAGAAGGGGAAAGCAAAGGCUUUUACUGCUCUCUGCUUCUGUUUCAGUUUUUUCAAGUCCUGGAAGAGGGCUGGACUGCCCACCCCAUCUUCCAAUUCUACAUAUAUAUAGAUAUAGAUACAAAUGCAUCUGUAUGUAGUUUGUGGGUUUCUCUAUGUAUAUAUAUGUACAUUGAAGCAAAGUGCUGUUUAUUUCUGUGGUCAGUGAAGGAAGGAAGAGCAGGGCAGCAGACUUGUGCGGUUUGUAAGGAGGAUCGGCAGAGAGCCGGCUGGGCGUCCUGAUGUCUGUCCAGGGUGUCAUUCCUCCUGAAACAGGAUUCAUGCCUUCUCCGCUGAACUCACCGUUCAUCUCUCUACCUUCUCCCUUCCAGAGCAGAAAUGGGGCUUCCCAUGACGGCCAGCUGCCUGCUCUGGGGGGGAGGUAAUAAGUUACCACAGAACUAAAUGCAAGCCCUUACUUCUUGGUUCCUAGGUGAAGAGAGGGUGGCCAGCAAAGGGCAGACUGGUGUCUUUCUUUCUUCCACGGGUUGGCUCCUGCUACAGAAGUAGAAGCUGCUUAGCAGGAGGGCCAAGAGGCAGGUCCUGCACAAACGCACGCUCAUCUGUCAGGCCCUCUUGGUCCAGCUGGGGCCAGGGGCCCUGUGGCCCAAGGGCCGGCUCCUGUUCUGGAGCCAUCUGUGUGGAGCGCCAGGCUGCCGCGGCUCUAUUUAUAUCCUGCCUCUGGCUCGGCACCCUCUGGAGUGCUGUUCCAAAGGCGCUGAUUGGAUUCCUCCUUUCUUUUUGUGGGAGCUAAUUCCCCAGAUUGAUUAAUUGCCACUUGUGGGGAGCCCGCCUGCGGCUCCUUUCCAUCUCUGCACGUGCCGCCUGCAGACUCUUCCUUGCCCUGGGCCUUCCUCCAACCCGUGACCCAAGCUCCAACAGGAUGGGAUCGGAUGAAGCAAGGGUGCCUCAGGCUUCUGGGUUCUGGGGGUCCCCUGACACCCCUCAUUCCCUCGAGGUUUAUUUACAUGGAGCUGGCGGAGGCGGAGGGUGAAGGUGGAAGGGGUGGUAGGUAGGGGCCUGGGCUCUGAUCCUUCUUUCUGCCAAAAUCUUGUCCUAGUUCAAGCUCUUAGCACCCAGAAGCUUCUGUGGGGCUGUCCUACAGUGACUAAAGAUGGAUCUCUCUCUCCCAAUGAGAUAAUGGUGCUGCUCAAGAGCAGGGCAGAAGGUCCUGAAGAUAUAUGGGGGUGUGUCUGCUCUUUCCCCUCUUCUUCUGUUGGAGCCUGCCCCCUGGCUGCCUGGGAAUAAAGGUGGCUAUCAGGUUCCUUGAAGUAUUUCCUUCUUGGUGCUGUUGUCUUGGUGGGUUUGGGGACAUCUGCCUCUCCCCUGUUGUCUGCUUGGAUGUUGGCCAGGUCAAAGCCCAGGAGGCUUCUGCUGGUCUCACUGCAGUUGCUAGUGGCUUAGCUCCGAUGACCUUGGCAGGGGGAGGCUCUGAGAGCUGGGGAGCUGCUCCUUACUGGGAGCUUCCAUCUUAGGGGAGUGGAUUCUUCUCUGCCACACCAGCCCUGGUGCUUCCUUUCUCUCGCCUAGCGAGGGGGGACCGUUCUGUCACAUGUCACACAACCAGAGUUCAUUUCUGAGGGCGAUAAGUCAUUGUGAUGGAGGAGGGAGGGGGCAGUUUCUGGCCCUCAUCUUGCUGAUUGCUCUACUCUUCUGGGCUGGGCCUGCGCCCUUGGGGUGGAUCCUGGACCUUCUGGCUAACGCCAUUCUCUGGGCAUCUAAAACCCCUGACUUUACCACUGGGCAGCAGCUCCAGCGAAACGGGAAAGCAGAGGUUGGGCAACUCCGUCUGCUUUUCCGAGGAAGCACUACCUCUGCUACUGUGCCCGAUGGGUGACACGCUGAGUACCUCUCCUAGGGCGUGUGGGGAACGGACACGGGUCUCACACUGGCUCAGUCUGUAGCCUUUCUUGGUGUGUGGCUUGCUGACCAGGGUGGAUCCUGGCUGAAAUGUGAAUGUGGGAUGCCAGAGCUGUAGGACUUCAGGGUGAGUUGGGCCAAUCUUCUGAUCCCCAUGCACUAGGAGUUCCAGGUCCUGAGCUUAGCAAAGAAGAGGGGAAGAUGAGGUGGACGGCUUUGCCUCUCUUGGAUAUCCUACAAGGCUGAGAGCCAGUCUUUGGGCUGAGGUGCCUCAGACUGUGGCUGUGCUUUCCCAGGGGGCCCACCAGCAAGCUCUCUCCAGGGCUAACAAAGGUGCUGACUCCUGUCUUCUCUUCUUCCUCUGGCAGUGCCCCUUACCUCAGCACAUCAGACCAAAUAGUGGGAGCUGGGAUUUUUGCUGGCCACCCAGUGGCAGUUGUGCUGGGGCAUCCCCAACGCUAGGCAAAGGACACACAACAAACGUAUCUCUCAGUGGCCUCACACUCACUUCUCCUCCCAAGACGGCCUCCUUGUGACAGUGUCCUUGAAGGCUGGCAGCCUUCCUGUACCCCUGGGAGCUAUUUCAGUCCUUCCUUGAAGAGCUGCAGUGGAAAUUGGCAGAAUAUAGUCCCCUCUGUCUGUGUGAUGGAGGGUAAAGGUCGUAGGUACACACUCCCAUGCUGGGUGUGUGCACAUAUGUGAGGGUGUGGUUGUGCACCUUUGUGUGAUGGGGGUGUAGCCAUUUCUAGGGACCAAAUGUCCUUUGUACUCUGCCCUUGAACAAUUGCCAUGUGCACUCGUGAGCUUCCUAUGACUUUUGUGCUCCACUCUGUGGGCCAUCAAAUGUCUUCCAGACUUCGUCUUUUAUGGUCUGGUACCUUUGCUGUAGAAGCAGCUCGGAUAAGAACCUACUCCUGUGUCUCAGACUUUUGCCUGCCCCUUCAUUCUGCACCCUGACUAGAAACUGUGACUGUUUCAGGGUUAAGUGAUUUGCAGACUGGGACAAGGGUACAUGAUUCUUGAAGGAGCCUGAAGCUGAAAGCCUGUAGGAGGGUCUGAGACUGCAAUUGCUUGGGGAAUAAAUGAGCAAUAAGGAGAAGGCGAAUCCUGUUUCUUGAUUGCUGGCUGACCACACUGAGUGGGUUUCAUGGCUUACGUGGGGUCAUGUGUGUGGAUCAUCAUUUGUGACCAAGUUCAGCAUGUGCUGGUGAGCCCCACCACUGUGUCUCCCCACCUGCCUCCCUAGCUUCUUUCCUUGAGAGAUGGGGUGGGGGGUGGUAUGAGAGAUCUUUGGAGAUUCUACUUUCUCUAUAGGAAGGAAGGAAGGGUGCUUCAUCCCACAGGCCUGGUGGGGUCUGUGCGCCACUUUGAAGAGCCUGUGUCCAAUGAUCAUGCUCUUAGGGGCAUCUCAAACAGGGGUGGAUUGGGGUGAGUAAUUAUUUAAUAUUUUUCAAGGCUCUCUGUCUUUAUUUUGAUUUGGGAUUGAAAAUAUUUAGGGUUGUACUGAUUCCAGUUGUUUUCCUAUGUCUUUUACACAGAGGAAACUGGGUAGGGUUCAGAUGUGGAAUUUUCUGACAAGCUUUUUAAAAAAAAAAAAAAUCUUGAGUUUUUUUUGUUGUUGUUGUUUGGUUGGCUUUUUUUGCUGAGUUGACAAAACAAUAGCUUCAAGGGAGAAACAGACUUCACAAAGCAUCAGGGUGACUUUGCCACUUGCCGGGAUUAGAAUCCAGGGCCAAGGGAUGCGUGGCUGUAGCUGUUUCUUCCAGUUUUGUUAGAAAAGCCUUCUGGGGGGUUGGGGUGGGCUAGGGGGAGAAUUGUACAUAAAGUACAUUUUAUUACUACAUAGAAACAUAAGAAAAGAGAAGCUAAUGGUUAUUCUUGGGCUUGCUUUGCUUGCAUGUAAAGCUUUGGGCGCCAUCACAGGGAUUUCCAGGAAGCAGUAGGAAGGAGUCAAAGGGGAGAGAUGGGUAGGAGUGAAAGACUGCUCCCCUGAGUGCAUCCCCACUGCUCCCCCUGGGGAAGAGUGUGCAUUUUCACCAGCCCUUUUGGGCAAGCUCUGCCUUCAUAUCUUCUCCAAAAUAAAGAGAGACAGGCUCUGGCAGGCCGGAGGGCUGGAGCCCUAUAGGGCUGCACUUGUUGCUUUGGGGAGAAGGUCCAGAUCUAAACUGAAUAAGGGAAUUGAUCGGGUGGGGUACUUCAAGAAAGGGAGAGAGUUGGAGCACAGAAAGGAGGUCAGAUUCUUUGGCGUAGUGUCUGUAAGGCUGGAAAGGGAAUAUAGAGCUCGGUCAAUCGCAAAGUAGAAAGAAGGUGGGGAUUCUGAGAUACGACAGGCCAAAGUGGAGGGACAUUAAGCCUUACCUUUCUCUAUGGGGCAUGUGAUAACUUAGUUACCCCUAAGGGUGCAGUGUACAAGUCGGGGGGGUCAACCCAAGAAAAGAAAGAGGAGCAGUUGUCUGGGGUGGGGCAGGCUGGAGAGUAGUAACAGUGAAGGUCAUUUGGUGGGACAGGUGUGGGAGGGUGAUAUAGUCAUUAAAAAAAGAGUAAGGUGUCUUGGCACAUAGGCCCAGACUGGAUCUUGUAAGAGGUCUUGCUGCUUAGCCGGACUUCCUUGCUUCCUCUAGAAUUAGCCUAUAACACUAAGUGCCCAAACCAAACAUGGUCAUAUUCUCUGUGAUGUCUUUCAGCUUCAUGUGUUUGUUUUUAAGAGUUCCUCAGGCCCAAAGCUAGACUUGUCUUGAGAUCCCCAUCGUAUUGCCCCCUCUGUGUCGUUAGAGAAGCAGGACUCAUUCUCAUAAGCUUCAUUAGUUUGUUUUCAUAAGUGGAAGUGGCAGAUGGCCUUUUCCCUGUCUCCCAUGAUCUUAAACUGCUCGUAAGAUGUUGCUGGUGAUGGAGAGGAAGGACUGGGGUUUGCUUUUUUAUUUGUCACCUUUUCUUCUUGAGGCACAGAGACCGCCUUCAGACCAUGAAGCCACACAGUGGCUUUAUACCUAGAGGUUUGAUUCUCACUUUCUCCUCCUUUGACAGGGUAUGGCCACAGUCUGAUUGACACAGAAGGACAAACGAGUUUCUCCCUAAAGUUAGACCAGCUGUUCCACGGUCCUUUUUGAUGUCUCCAACCCUGCCUCUUUUCAGAUCGAGAGGCAGAAUUAAAAAUCUCUUCUUUAGAAGAAGUCCAUAAAAGUCAAGCCCAGGUGGGACUUUAGCCCUCCUACCAGCUUGAUGCUGGGUUAGGGAGGGGACCCAUUACCACCCCUCCUUCCGACUAGUUGUAAAACCAAACUGGCCCAGUGCUUUAUUUCUGGGCCCCCUGUCUAUACUUUCAAAUAAGUCUUUCAUGAACAAAUAUCCUCACCAUGUGCUCGGUGUUUUGGGUUGCUGAGAGGGUAGAAGUAUUUUCAUAACCUUGUUUUAAGCUGAUCAAAUAAUUUCCAAUAGAUUGGGUCUGAUUUAAAGACCCUCCUUACCCCAAAGAUUUCUGGGUAGGAUAAAGAAAAAUUAGGCAUUAGUACAAAUAUCAUUAAUAGCUUGUCAUACCUUAUAAAAGGAAAAGUUGCAAUAUCUUGAUUAAUAAAUACGUUGGUAGGACAGCAACCAGCAAUUGAAAUCACUUAGGUAUUCUUUUCUGUGAUGGGUGUAUACUAGUAGCUGGGGUUUCUGAAGAGGGCUGAAGAAGUGAUUGCUAGCUCUGGACUCCUGGCUGGGAGAGCCGGAUUGGGGAGAAUCGGGUACGGAUUCUCAGUCCCUGUCCCUGGUACCUUGGCUGUUUGCCUUUCCUGUCUCCCUAGACAGGGACGUGAAUGUCUGUCUGGGCCUCUUCCUUUUAGUCUCGAAAUGUGCUCUACCAUCCCCACCUCUCCCUGGCACUGGAUUUCCUGGAUUUAUUUUAGGAACUAGGGCAAGCUCUCCACCUCCACUCCAUAUACACACCAGUUAGGCCUUUCCUUUCUUACCCCACUUCUUUAUGGCUCCAGGGAUCUUGAACUUGUGCAUGGUUUAUGAUGGGGAGAUGGUUGGGUGGGGCAGGGAAUCUGGGAGGGGAGUCGGGUGGGGCUGGGAUAGGGGACUUACAUUUUUCAGCCUUAGAAAUACUGUGAGCAUGCUUUUGGGUGAUGUGUGGGGUUUUUCCAUAGUAGUGGAAGGGGCAAAUGCCGACCCCCCUCAUGGGUGAUGAGGACUUAGAGGCUUUUUGCUUCCUUUUGGCUUCGGUCAUCUAGAAAUCUCAUCUGUGAUGGAGAGGAAUAAACCUCCUCAUGGUCAUCCUGCAACCCUUGGAAGGCAAUUGCCAUUCUGUCAAUGAAUAUCUGUCUUGCCUACGUGAACCAUCAGAGGUCUGUUAUGAGUAGACAGCAUCCUAGCUGGUCAGAGAAAUGGGGCUGUCUCACAUGCCCCUCUAAAGUUGCCAGGUCAUGUCCCCGGCCUCCAGUCCCAGCCAGCUGUCUAGUCUGUGUUCCUUUCCUGGGCUCAGGAAGUGAGAAUGUGUGCGCUGUGUGGGUGUGAGGGUGUCCGGUUUGUCUGCGUGUGUGAAUGUGUGGGGUGUGAGAGUAUGUAGUGUGUGGAUGUGAGUGGGUAUGAUGUGUAUGUGGUGUUUGGGGGCACGUGUGUUGUGGUGCGAUGUGGGUGUUUUUGUUUGGCGUGUUUGUGGUAUGUGUAUGUCAGAGUGUGGUAUGUGUGUUUGUGGAAUGUGGGUGUUUGUGUCUGGCACGUUUGUUGUGUGUUGGUAUGGGGUGUGUUUGUGGUUCGGGGUGUGUGUGUGUGUGUGUGUAGGGUUUAUAAGGACACACUAAUUUGCCUGAGUAGCAUCAGGCAGGCCUAGAUGACCCUCUUUCUGGUUGACUCUUUGAUAGGCAACUUCUGUUUAGGUAGGAGGGUGAAAUUAGGAGUAUACCAUCUUUAGUGUAUUUUUUAUGGAGAUUGUAUAUAAAAUUAUAUAAGUACAUAUAAUUUGUUCUAUUUUAAGGAGAGAGGGGAACUUAUGUAAGGGUGGGUGGGUGCAAGGAUCAGAUGCAGUCGUCAAGAGUGGGAGGCUUCAGGCAAACGGGGCAUCUGGGGAGUGGGAAGUGGGAGGACAGGAGACUCAAGCUAGGCAGGAGGAGUGGGGCUCACGCCCUUGGUGCACAUAUAUAAAUAUACAGAAAACCUAUAUAAAGUCUAUCUAGCUAGCUUAUCUAUAUAUCUAUAUAUCUAUAUGAAGUCAUAGUUUGCUUUAUUUUUGUACCUGUGCUUAGAGAUGUUUUGAGCAGGACUGCCUUCCGCAGGUGGUCUAGAAUACUAGCUCAUGCCUUGAUGUCCCCACCUCCCCCGUCCUUUCUCCAUGCCUUGCUUCCUCUGAUACACUCUCUGUUCAGAGCUGCUGGGGUCUUUCUGAUAGAAAUGUGUGUAUAUGAAAUCUUAAAAAAAUAGCAAAACAAAUAAUACACUUGCAGAAAGGACAAGUGAGCUGAAGGUUGUGGGAAGCUGCUGGAUCUGAUAGCCGCAAGGAACACAGGUCCAGUAUCUCUUGUCACUAGUCAGGACACUGGGGCUUGAGCACAUUGGCACAGGUGCUUACUACAGUGAGUAUGGAGAGUUGAAGACUGUGAAUCUAUCCUCUUAUUGCUGAGGGUUGGCACCCAGUUCCUCUGAAGGAAUCUUUCUUAGCAGCAUUAGAAAGGAGAAGGUUAGGAUUACCUGUGGGCCUACAGAAGUACUUGUCCUGGUUGUAGGACCCUGACUCAGAACACUCCUGGAGGGUGUGGCUGUGAGACAGCAGCAUCUUGAGAGAGCUGGGCCAGGCUGCCUGCAAAGGCUCAGACAUGGAGAAGAAUACCCUGGUCAUUUUUGCUGCAGAUUCUUGGAACCCUUGUGAAUGUGAUAUCUAAUAUAGAUAUAUCGUAUAUGCUUUUUACAGUUAUUAUUUUAAUUGGAAAAUGAGGUGUUGUUGGAAAUGGGAUGGUCCGAUCCUGGGAUACUGAGUGGAAGAUGAGGUGUGAGAGAACUGUGGGCACGAUGGGAAGGAUGAGGCUGUGUAGAACCUCCUGCCACCUGGCCUGGAACCAACAGAACCCAACAAUAUACUGGGAGAAUUUGGCCCAGAAUUGGAGAUUCUAGAGAGUGGGAGCUCACUUGUAUUGGAGGAGGAAACUCUGUGUGGCCUGAAGAAUACCUCUUUGAGAAUUCAAGACCUCAUAUGCUGCAAGGGCUGGGCACCUCGCAGAGUCAACAAUUGUCUCUUGGAUGCUAGCUUUUUCUUCCGACUUACCAAGAGCUCAGAGUAAUGUCUUUGAAGCUGGUAAAGGGCCAGAUGGUACAGGCAGCCUGGGAGAGACUUGUGGCUGCAAUCUCUCUGCUCUCAUCCUGCUCAUCAGCUACAAAAGGCAAUACUAACUCCUCCUCCCCAACCAAAGUGUCAUGUUACCCAAGAGCUUUUGUCUUAGGGAGUCUGAUCAUUAGACAGACUCCGAUGCUUCAGCCACUGGAAGGGGCUCUCUUUAUCUUUUGGGGGUUUUAAGGGAAGAGUAGAUUGGGAUGGAACUGGACUCUGACUUCUGACCUGACUGCCCCCCUACCCCCGUGUAGACCUUAUAGGGCUCUGACAUUCUCUCAGGCACUAUCCUAGAGGCCCCAGGAUAACUUGCUCAAAACACUUCUGAUUUUCCAAGGAUACUGAAGGAAAAUGGGCUUUGUCCAUGUAGUACAGGAAGGGCUUUAAUAUGAGUCCAAUUGGCUGUGUGUCCAUCCUUCACUAACUUUUUCUGCAGUCUUCCAGGAGGCCAAAGGAGGAUAUAGCCAGGUGUUUCUUAGUAAGAUUUUUCAGGGAGGUUGGGCAAGAGACAAAGCAGCACAUUCUAUGUCCCUUCCCAGCUCACAACCUAACCCCUUCUAACCUACCCAAGCCUCCACACAAAGAGGGCUUUCCAUUAUUGGCUUUUGUUUGUUUGUUUGUUGUUUCUCUUAAAGUGAUCAUCCUUUCUUUCUCCAUAAGCCCUUUCCCAUUUAUGGUACUCAUGCAACCGGCAAAAUAAAUCACUUUAACAUCCCAGGCCUCUCAGAUAUUUAGUACCCUCAGUAGAUC